GCAAGCCCGCGACGCCAGCACUCACCGUCCGCAGCUGCUGGAGCCAGGUUCUGUAGCUCCGGAGACGGCGGGCUCUCCCCGGAUGGUUGCAGCGAAGGGAUCAUGACGGGGAAGAAAUCUUCCCGGGAGAAGCGGCGCAAACGUAGCGGCCAGGAUGCGACCGCGGCACUCGCGGCCCCGGACCUCGUACCGGUCCUUGCCAGCAGCGGCAGUGGAAGCACCAGCGGCUGCGGGAGCACCAGCGGCUGCGGGAGCGUCAGCUGCUGCGGCAACGCCAGCUUCAGUGGAAGUGUCCCUGGCGCCGGGAGCGGAGGCAGCUGCUGGGGCGCGAGCGGCGUGGAUCGCGGCGAGCGCCGGAAGCGGAGGAGCACCGACUCCUCUUCCAGCGUCUCGGGCUCCCUGCAGCAGGAAACCAAGUAUCUUUUGCCAACUUUGGAAAAAGAAUUAUUCUUGGCAGAGCACAGUGACCUUGAAGAAGGUGGACUGGAUCUGACUGUGUCAUUAAAACCAGUUAGUUUUUAUAUAUCAGACAAAAAAGAAAUGCUCCAGCAGUGCUUCUGUAUUAUAGGAGAGAAGAAGUUACAGAAGAUGCUUCCUGAUGUGUUAAAGAACUGUUCAAUAGAAGAAAUUAAAAAACUAUGCCAAGAACAGUUAGAACUCCUGUCUGAAAAAAAAAUCUUGAAGAUUCUUGAGGGUGACAAUGGUAUGGACUCUGAUAUGGAAGAAGAGGCAGAUGAUGGCUCUAAGAUGGGAUCUGAUUUAGUCAGUCAACAGGAUACCUGUAUAGAUUCUACUUCAUCUCUGAGAGAGAACAAACAAUCUGAAGGUUUGGAAUUAAAACAAGGCAAAGGGGAAGAUAGUGAUGUACUCAGUAUAAAUGCAGAUGCUUAUGACAGCGACAUAGAAGGCCCAUGCAACGAAGAAGCAGCUGCUCCUGAGGCCACAGAAAAUACAGUCCAGAGUGAAGCUGGUCAGAUAGAUGACCUAGAAAAAGAUAUUGAAAAAAGUGUGAAUGAGAUUCUGGGACUGGCAGAGUCUAACCCAAAGGAACCCAAAACAGCCACCCUGACUGUUCCUCCACCAGAAGACGUUCAGCCUUCAGCACAGCAACUGGAACUGCUAGAACUUGAGAUGAGGGCAAGAGCAAUUAAGGCCCUAAUGAAAGCUGGUGAUAUAAAGAAACCAGCCUAGUUAUUUAACUUGAGUUCGAAUUUUAGGUGUGUUUGAAUGAUGAAACCACAUCAUAUAAUUUUGUAUCUGAAGUUUAUUUGGGGUCUUACGUGGUAUUUCUCAUGUAACCCAAUUAGGUAAACUAAUCCUAGGCCUGAAAUACUUAUGGUUUUUGUUUUGUUUUUUAAACUUUUGAAUUAUAGGUGUGUGUUUGAAUUCAUGGCACAUAUAAUUGGAUAGCCUGGAUCCUUUUUUUAGAUGACUAAUUAGCUAUGUCCGCAAAUACUGUCUUCAAAGCCUUUAGGAAAGAGUCAUGGUUUUUUUUUUUUUCCUUUGUUUUUAAAUGUUUUGGCAACAGACCCAAAAGCUUUAAGAAAGAUUGACCAAGCAUGUUUCUCUUAAGGCAACUUGUAUUUUGCAAUAAAUAUUAAAUUUUUGCUUCUAGAUUUGUUAGUGAUUUUAAGAAAUUCAGUUAUGUGUAUAUGUAAUUUUAAAAUAUGUACUGUUUUGAAGAUGCCAUCUGUGAAUAUGGAUUCCUAGUUAAAACUGAGUAUAGUUUUUGUUGUAAGGCUUAGAGAUCUGCCCUUCAUGACUGAGUAAAACUUUUUUUUAUAAAGAAAAUAAGAACUCAGUUUAAGGCAAUUUUUAAUAACAGAAUUAAUUGCCCAUAUUAAAUUGCAGCAGACAAGCCAUCCCAACAGGUAUUUGAUCCUAUUGGACACUUGCUUCAAGUUUUUCUUUUUUUGUUUUUGUUUUUUACUUCAAUAAAAAGGAACAACUUUUGAUUUACAUUCCAAGCUGUCAGGAAAAGGAGACUGUAUCUUAUUCUACAAGGUUUCAUCUGAUGGUGUUGCUUGAAGAUCUGAUGUGCUAUAAUUCCAUGAAUCAAAAACAAUAAAAGACUUACCAUUCUGGAUGUAAAGACUUUUGAUACUUUUCCAAAAGCAAAGUUAAUUUCAAGGACUUUUGAUAAUUUGAUGUUACAAUUAGUCUAAUUUUGUAUAGUUUUUGUAAACAAAUUAGCAUCCUGCCACAAUUACAAAUGCUUUCCUCCCAUUGGUAAAUGCAGUUGUUUGAUACCAAAAUAAAUUUAGAUAGGGCUCCUUAACUUAAAAUAAAUUAAAUUUUUUCUAAAAUAUAAAUCUGGAGCUGUUUUUGUAUUAGAAAACAAAUGUAGUAUAUUUUAUUUAUAAGCCAUACUGUACUGAUAUAGUAUGAGGGUUUUCCUUAUAUAUACCUUGCAGGGAUUGUUUUACUAGCUGACUUAAUUAUAUGUUUAUUUUAGAGGCUUUUAAAAUGAAAACAGAGGACAUUUGUGAAACAUUGGCAGUGCAGUUACAAAUUUCCUUUUUGUUUCUGAACAUGUUUUUAAAUAAUCCUAUCACUAUCUUCCUCUUUGAAUCUAACGAGGCACAGAAGCCUAUAUCAUUUGAAAUGUUUCUUUUAGGCUGGUAAAUGUGGAGAUGAGUUAAAUAGUGCUCACAGUUAUCAUUUCACCAUGAAAAGGCAUUGAUUAUGAUAAAAUAAUCCUUCUAGUCUAGCUUAAGCUAAAAGUUAAAAUAAUAAAAUAGUACCAAAUAAGCUUUAUUGCUGCUUACUAAUUUUAAAAUAUGAUAAAUGGCAUUUGUGUGAUUAAACCUAAGAGUAGGAAAAGGUCUGUGUAUUAUAGAUGAUUAAAGCCAUCACCUUGUGAAGCAGUGUGUGUCUUUUCUGUUCAGUGUGCAAAAUGCUUUAGAGAAUAUUUGAUUGGAGUAGAUAUGUGUGAGACAGAAUCAACUGAAUGAGAUUCCUACCUUUAAAAAAAAAAAGACCAAAAAAAACCCUUUUUUCUCCUUCUUUGUCUUUUUUAAUAUGAAAAGACUUCAGAACUUUUUGAAAAUGACUUUAGAGAAUAAGUUUGUUUUAGAAAUGCCUAAUGGGAAAGUGCCUCGUAUUGAUCUGAGGCUGCCAUUUAAAAAGUCAGCUCACAGGUAUUUAUUGAAUGCUUCUAAGGUCUUCAGUCUUAUUCAAAUCUUAAACCCAGAGAUGUUAUAGAUUUUAGCAUGGGAUAGACUGAUGAGUAAAGAUAAACCUGUUACUUAUUUUUAUGCCUGAUUCUUUCCUUUUAUUAAGGUAAGGAAAACGUGUAGGUAAUAUUUAACUGGUAAUUAAGCUAAAAGAAAAAAAUGGCAGCCAAAUUUUCCAUUUAAGUCAACUAAUUCUAGUACUUGAAUUGGGAUUUGACCCAAAUCUUGAAUGUUGUAUGGCAACUGAUAACAGGUCCUCUGCAUUAAUGAGCAGCUGUCCCAAGCAGUAGGCCUUGGAUCACUUUGAAAUGUUCUUACAUAUUGACAUAUAUUUUGAAAGUUUAUUGCCCUGUUACUAGUAAAACAUUGCAAUUAUGAAAAAUCACCCCAAACCCUCAAAUCUUUCUAUUGAACACCACCAGUUCCUUAAGAUUAUCAGGUAGUAUAUCCUUUCAUUAUAAAUCUUUUUGCCAAAACCAGUUUUCAGCCGAAUGUUAGAUCCUGGGGCAUGAUUAGUUAUCAGAGUAAAGUCAUUCUGAAUCACUGGAAAAGUAAUACAUAUUGUAAUAAAAUAUACAUUUUGCAAUGUAGAAAAAGAAGGGGUGAACCUGGUGUUUGGAUCAAAUAUUUGGGCAGCCUGAAAGUUUUUAAAAAAUACUCAAUUCAAUACCAUCAUAAAAAGAAAGAAAAGAAUCCAGGCAUAAAUACUUUGCUUUGAUCAUAUCUAAUUCUGAAAAAGACAAAUGUUUUAACUUAAAACUUCACUUUUAAUUUUUCUUUUUAUAUUUAGGUAGACUUCUUUCUUAAAGUAAUGAGUACACCAAUAGGAAUUCAAAUUUUCUUGAUAUUUGAUAACUAAAGAUGCUCUGAGAUGAAAAGAAGGUGUGAGUUAAAGAGCAGAGGGUCUGAUUCUGCCCUAACCAGCUGUG